ACUUGCCGGAACGCAUUUCAUCCUCCACAGAUUUAGGUGAAUUCGGGAGAAUUUUGAGGGAAGUACUGCCACAAUGUCACAUUAGAAGCACAGAAAUCGGAAAUUUCUGAUUCAGUUGCCAUUCUGUCAUCAAGAAAAGGCGAAGAAAUUGGAUUCCGCCACCCACUCACCAAGUAAUUGCAGUUCCAACUUUCCACUGCCCCACCAACAACCAAUUUCCGUGCCAGUUACCGAAGCAGGGAGCGAAAAAAGCCACUUCCAUUCAUAGUUUUGCGAUAAAAGAAGAGCAAAUCGAACGCCCAUUUUGUCUCAUCUUCCAAAGGAAUCAUGGGUUGGAAUCAAAACCGUCCCACUGGUUCAUAUUGCUUCGCAGUUCGAAGGCAACGAUAGCCCAACUACUGAACCCUCCACCGUCUGAAGCUGAGAGAUCAAAAUGGCUGUUGUCCGCCCUCUUUCAAUUCCAGGGCUGGCGUUCAAUUCUCCAUCUGCCGUUUAUAAUUCCCACUCCCCCCUGUUUUGUCAUCUGGGCAACGCCCAAAUACUCGAUAGGAGCAAACCCAGAUGCCAAAAGCCCGAAUUACUCUCCGUUGAGUGUUACAGAAAGCGAUGUAUGAGAGAUUCCGGGUUCAAUCGCAAGAACUUGGGGUUAUCUAAGACUGUGCAGCCGGGGAAUAUGAAACCCAGAAAAGUUCAAGCUAAAUUUUUGGGCACUGGCUUUUCUGGGGCGAAUUCGAGGAGUGAGAGGUUCAUUUUGAAAUCAAAACUGGCUUUGAGCGAUGAUGAAGCAGUGGAGCGAGGAGGCGAGGAUAAGAAUAUGUAUGAUGCUAUUGUUAUUGGGUCAGGUAUUGGGGGUUUGGUUGCUUCUACUCAAUUAGCAGUGAAGGGAGCCAAGGUUUUGGUUUUAGAGAAGUAUGUGAUUCCUGGUGGGAGCUCUGGGUAUUACCAGAGGGAUGGGUAUACUUUUGAUGUUGGGUCUUCUGUAAUGUUUGGUUUCAGUGAUAAGGGAAAUCUAAAUUUGAUCACCCAAGCUUUGUCAGCAGUUGGUUGUGAGAUGCAAGUGCUACCAGAUCCAACCACUGUUCAUUUCCAUCUACCAAAUAAUCUUUCGGUACGGGUUCAUAGAGAAUACGGUGAAUUUAUUGAAGAACUUGUCAGCUAUUUCCCCCAUGAAAAAGAAGGAAUCCUAAAAUUCUAUGGAAAUUGUUGGAAGAUAUUCAAUGCUUUAAACUCAUUGGAAUUAAAAUCACUGGAGGAGCCAAUAUACCUUUUCGGACAAUUCUUUCAGAAGCCUCUUGAAUGCCUCACACUUGCAUACUACUUGCCUCAAAAUGCUGGAGACUUGGCUCGGAAGUACAUUAAGGAUCCCCGUUUAUUGUCCUUUAUCGAUGCAGAGUGUUUUAUCGUUAGCACGGUGAAUGCUUUACAAACACCAAUGAUAAAUGCAGCUUUGGUUUUAUGUGACAGGCAUUUUGGUGGGAUUAACUACCCUGUUGGUGGCGUCGGUGGAAUUGCAAAGUCCUUGGCAAAGGGUCUGGUUGAUCAUGGCAGCACGAUAAUGUAUAAAGCAAAUGUGACAAAUAUAAUAACCGAGGAUGGCAAAGCUGUAGGUGUGAAGCUGUCUGAUGGAAGAGAGUUCUUUGCUAAAACUAUUAUAUCAAAUGCUACCAGAUGGGAUACCUUUGGAAAGCUGUUACAAGGAGUGGACCUUCCCAAAGAAGAGGAAAGCUUUCAGAAACUUUAUGUAAAGGCCCCAUCUUUUCUUUCAAUUCAUAUGGGGGUAAAAGCCGAGGUUCUACCCCCAGACACAGAUUGUCACCAUUUUGUGCUUGAGAGUGAUUGGACAAGGUUAGAGGAGCCAUAUGGAAGCAUCUUUUUGAGCAUCCCAACUGUUCUUGAUGCAUCAUUAGCUCCAGAGGGACGUCAUAUUCUUCACAUUUUUACCACUUCUUCCAUAGAGGACUGGGAGGGGCUCUCUGUAAAAGACUACGAAGCGAAGAAGGAGCUGAUAGCGGGUGAAAUCAUUACUAGACUUGAGAAGGAGCUAUUUCCAGGCCUUAAAUCAUCUAUUGAUUUUAUGGAGGUCGGGACACCAAAGACACAUAGGCGAUUCUUAGCUCGUAAUAGUGGUACCUAUGGACCGAUGCCACGUAGAACUCCCAAGGGAUUACUUGGAAUGCCUUUUAAUACAACUGCUAUAGAUGGCCUGUAUUGUGUUGGUGAUAGCUGCUUUCCCGGACAAGGAGUAAUAGCUGUAGCCUUUUCUGGAGUGAUGUGUGCACACCGAGUAGCUGCAGAUAUUGGUCUUCAAAAGAAGUCCCCCAUUUUGGAUGCUGCCCUUCUUGGACUACUCGGUUGGUUUAGGACCUUGGCCUGAGUUUUGAUGUGAGAAUGCAGUCUGUCCAUUGCACCGUAAAAGUCUUAUGGGGUCAGCUGUGUAACAAAGGCUUACCAUUCUUUAGAAAUAGAGCAGUAGCAACAUCAUACUCGUAUAUUUACGAUUAAUGUAACAGAUUGUGACGGUAAUCAAUCUGUCAAUGAAUAAGAAAAAGAGUUUGUACCAAGAAAAGAACCUCUGAACUGAAUGUUUGUUUUAUAAAAGAAAAAGAAGAGUUCUGCCAA